AUGCCUCCCCUCCCUGCCCCCCUGUUCCCAACACUGCUACAGCUUGUAGUACUCACUUAUGUGAGUGGUGGGGCAUACUAUGGACACAAGCAACACCCUCAGCCAUAUCAGCCAGUGCAGCACCUCCAGCACAUGGGCAUUGGCAAAGAAGGCUUUCCUCAGCAACAGUACCUUGGCAAAGAGGUGCCCUAUAUGCAGUAUCCCCCUUACAGGAAGGAGCUACCACAGAUGCCCAUGGUCAAGGGCAAAGAAAAUGCUCGUAAAGGGGGUGGAUACAAUGGUGGUCAAGACAAAGGUCAGACAAUCCCCAGUGGUGCUGAGGGAAUUCCUCAAGGAGAGCCAGGCCCAGCUGGGCCACCUGGACCAGAGGGACCUCCAGGGCCUCCUGGACCUCCAGGGAAUGGACAGCCAGGACCUGUGGGACGGCCUGGACCUCCUGGUCCACCAGGACUGCCUGGAGUGGGCAAACCAGGUAUGCCAGGACUGCCAGGCAAGCCAGGAGGAAAUGGUGAGGCUGGGCCACAAGGAGAAAUGGGUCCCAGGGGUGAGCAAGGGCCACCUGGACAGCCAGGGCCUCAGGGUCCUCCAGGACCUCCUGGGCUGCCAGGAAUAGGUAAAUCAGGGGUGCAGGGACUACCAGGCCAACCAGGGCCAAAAGGAGAGCCAGGUCACAAAGGUCUGCCAGGACUACCUGGAUUACCAGGACCCAAAGGAGAUAAAGGAAUGGGCCAACCAGGACAACCUGGUCACAAAGGGCUCCCAGGACCCCCAGGACCAGCUGGCCCAAGAGGACUUCCUGGUUUUGCAAAACCUGGGUUGAAUGGGACACCAGGCCCACAAGGACCACCUGGAGAAAAAGGACAUCCUGGAGAGCAAGGACCAGCUGGGCCACCUGGUGAAGGAGGACAGCCUGGCCCACCAGGACUUCCUGGUCAAGGAAAGCCAGGUCAAAAUGGCCUGCCAGGACAGCCAGGCGCACCAGGUGCAAAAGGUCAUCCAGGACCACCAGGUUUGCCAGGAAAGCCAGGACUGCCUGGAUUUGGUAAACCAGGGCUCCCAGGACCAAAGGGUGACAAAGGUAUGGGUGGGCCACUUGGAUCUCCAGGACCAAAAGGAGAUAAGGGCCACAGAGGACUGCCUGGUAUGCUUGGACCCCCAGGACCAAAUGGUCCACCAGGUCCUCCAGGUGUUAUGGGACCCCCAGGAGGUUUAGGUGCACCUGGUCCUAAAGGAGACUGUGGAGAAGGAGGACCUAAAGGGCUUGAUGGAGCCCAGGGUGACCCUGGUCCUCCUGGAAUACCUGGUAAGGAUGGUCUACCUGGAGACCGUGGAGACCCAGGGCCAAGAGGUCUCCCAGGACCGAGUGGUGCCAAAGGAGAUGGUGGACAUAAGGGUUUGCCUGGUAUUCCUGGUCCUCCAGGACUUCCAGGGCCAAAAGGACAAAGUGGAUUACCUGGUGAAGUGGGACCUCAGGGCCCUAAAGGAAUCCCAGGCAUGGAUGGUGCAGGAGGACCAAUUGGGCCUCCUGGUCUUCCUGGGCCAAAAGGAGAUAGUGGCCCACCUGGUCUACCAGGUAAUACAGGUGAGGGGAGUCCAGGUCUUCCUGGUCCCAUAGGACCUCCAGGAAAAGAGGGCCCAUCAGGACCCACAGGGCAACCAGGUCAGCCUGGCCCUCCUGGACCACCAGGCCCACCUGGAGCACCUGGUCUGUCUCCUGACAUGGCUGGAGUACUCUCUGAAAUGGGCCCUGGACUAGAUGGUGUUAAGGCUGGUAGUUAUGGUAAGAAGGGCAAGUAUGGAGGCAAUGGGGCAGAAGUAAUGGGUGCCAGUGGGUUGGAAAUGCCAGCAUUCACAGCUCUAGUAACAACUCCCUUUCCACCAGUGGGCACUCCAGUUGUCUUUGACAAGCUCUUGUACAAUGGUCGCCAAAACUACAAUCCCCAGACCGGAAUUUUCACCUGUGACAUCCCUGGCAUUUAUUACUUUGCCUACCACAUCCACUGCAAAGGAGCCAACGUGUGGGUGGCUUUGAUGAGAAACAAUGAGCCAGUGAUGUAUACAUAUGACGAAUACAAAAAGGGUUUCCUAGACCAAGCAUCAGGGAGUGCGGUGUUACCUCUACAACCUGGAGACACUGUGUAUAUUCAGCUGCCCUCAGAUCAGGCUUCAGGACUUUAUGCUGGGCAAUAUGUGCACUCCUCCUUUUCAGGGUACUUGUUGUAUCCUAUGUAA